AACUGGCUAAGCCACUUUAUCAGAUUUUCGAAAUUUGGCAAUAUUUUGAUAUAAAAAGACGCUAAAAAUCAUGAGAAGUAUCAGUUGCUAUUGUAAAAAAUAAUAAAUAACAGAAGAUUUAAAAGAAAAAAUUACAAGAUGUCCAAAAUCAUGUUGCUCGCAUUAAGUAUGACAAUAGCACACAGUGCUAAAUUGCCAAUUCAAAAUCCCGUGCAUGAUAAUCACGUGCCUGUUCAUCAUCUUGACCACACAGUUAAUAGUAAACCAGUAGGAAUUGUACAUCAAGAUUCAGAAGUUUUUCCUGAUGGAUCUUUCCACAAUGUUUGGGAAUCAGAAAAUGGCAUUAAAGUUCAAGAAGAAGCUACUGUCAAAGUCCUCGCUAAAAAUACAAUCGCUCAUACCGUAAAUGGAAAAAUUGCAUACACCGAUUAUGAUGGUAAUCUUUUUACGUUGACUUAUGUCGCUGAUGAAACCGGAUUCCAUCCUGAAGGAGAACAUUUACCGACACCUCCGCCAAUUCCUCAAGCGAUUGCAAGAGCACUCGAAUACAUCGCGGCCCAUCCUCCUCCUAAGGAUUCUUCAUUCCAUUCCGAUUCUGCAACUGUAGAAGAUAAUUAAAUUUAUUGAUAAUUUUGCGGAUUACCUGAAUAUAAGCGAUUAUAACAUAAUAAUAACAAUAAUAUCUUAUAAUUUUGAUAAUUGUACUUUCUAUGGAUCUGAAUAAAAGAUAAAAUUAAUGAAA